GGAGAAGAAGACUGCACGCGUGCACAAUUGAAGCUGCUCCGUGAGACAAAGAAGGACGAAGGCUAACUACUUCCAGAAUCCCGAUUUUAAAGCAAUUUGGUGCCCAAUCCAUUUAUCACAAGUUGGCUGUUAUAAAGUUUCCAAACUGACCAAAGACCAACGAAUGACUUCUGAAGAAGGGUGGAUUUAUUUGUAGUUUAGUUAAACAAUAAUUUGCCCCGUCAGUGAUAUGGUUUGAAUGCUGCCUGAACGUUCCGAAUUUGGCAGACACGGUGAGGACAAUGCUGAGGAAAAUUGCCACAAACAAAGUCCUGGAGCAGCUUGGCCUCCGUGGAAAGUCAGGAAAAGUGGCGUUUGAGGACUUGCCGCUUUACAGAAUAAUAAAUAAGGGGUGUUUACAAGCAGAUGACCACAGCUGAAGUGGAUUGUGAGCUUGGAGAGGUCCUGAAACUGGCCACUUUUCGAAAGGGAGGUUCAAAAUUUGAGGAGAAGAGGAGGAAUUAAGAGGGAGGACAAAAAAGGAAAAAGAAACAAGCAAAAGAACAGAGUGAGAUGAGAGAUGGCUCCUUCUUUUGUGGUCGUUGAGUUCCUUGGUGAACAUUCAGUCGCUGUUGUCCCAACCAAAUGGACAGAAGAUGAUGGAAAGAAUACAUUCUGCUAUUGGCCAAGGCCAAAUCCUACCCACUCCAGAAUCCGGAAAGCUGAGAUUCCUGACAAACAAUUCUGGGAGAGGCUGCCAAUUCGGGUUUUCAGGAAAAUAUUGACUGAAGACUUUGACAAGGCCCUUCAAUACGAAAAACAAGCUAAAAUGUUUUCGAGCCCAGAAGAAGUGUUAACCAAACGGAGCCACAUCACCCCUGAACGCUAUAGAAACGAUGAGGAAAAUGUGUUUGAUGCUGACGCGAGUACCAGACCACUUCAGCCAGUACCAGCCAAGGCAUCCAGGCCGACCUCACAGCCAAGCGAGAAGCAGCACUUCCAGGCUCAGUCCAGACAGGAAUGCAUCCAGCUCAAGCCAGUACCAGACUGCUCAAGCCAGUACCAGACCACUCCAGCCAGUACGAGUCAGUACCAGACCGCUCCAAGAAGCAGCAGGAAUGCCCUUGACAGUGAACUUUUCCAGUUGAACAUGAAAGUUCAAAAUAUACUUGAGAACCAGGGAGAAAUUAUGCGCAUGCUGAGAGGGCUGGCAGCACCGUCUGUGGGGCCAGAAUCUGUGGAUGUUCAGCCUUUCGAGACUCUUGAGCAGCUGAAGGCCUUCUGUGAACGGCUCGACACUGAUCUUCUGCUCAGAAAGCAGCUGGUGAAAGCUUGUACUGCUCUUGGUGGGCAGAAUUUGGCAGACACGGUGAGGACAAUGCUGAGGAAAAUUGCCACAAACAAAGUCCUGGAGCAGCUUGGCCUCCGUGGAAAGUCAGGAAAAGUGGCGUUUGAGGACUUGCCCCUUUACAGAAUAAUAAAUAAGGCAUGCAGGGGUGUUUACAAGCAGACGACCACAGCUGAAGUGGAUUGUGAGCUUGGAGAGGUCCUGAAACUGGCCACUUUUCGAAAGGGAGGUUCAAAAUUUGAUGAGAAGAGGAGGAAGUAAGAGGGAGGACAAAAAAGGAAAAAGAAACAAGCAAAAGAACAGAGUGAGAUGAGAGGAUUUGGGUUUCCCUGCUUGGGCUGCUGCCCCCGCGACCCGACCUCGGAUAAGCGGAAGAAGAUGGAUGGAUGGAUGGAUGGAUUUACUUCCAGGAAGAGAACCAAGAAGGGGCAGGAUACACUGACGCGCACGGCCAAGACCACUGCAUUCCAUUCCAUUUAUAAAUGAUAAAUGGGUUAUAUGUCAAAGCGCUUUGAGUACCUUGAAGGUAGAAAAGCGCUAUACAAGUAUAUACUUGUAUAGCGCUUUUCUACCUUCAAGGUACUCAAAGCGCAAUUGACAGUAUUUCCACAUUCACCCAUUCACACACACAUUCACACAUUGAUGGAGGGAGCUGCCAUGCAAGGCGCUACCAGCACCCAUCAGGAGCAAGGGGGAAGUGUCUUGCCCAAGGACACAACGGACGUGCCUGGGAUGGAAGAAGGUGGGGAUUGAACCCCAGUAACCAGCAACCCUCCGAUUGCUGGCACGGCCACUCUACCAACUUCGCCACGCCGUCCCCAUUUUUGUAUUAUAUCACUAAUAAAGAAUUAUUUCUGUUGAAAUCACUAU